AUGCUCCGACGGAUCUUGAAACUGUCUGUUUAUGCUCAACUUCCUGGCCGACCUGGACGAUGGAUAACCGGUUUGUCUGGCCAAAGGACAGUGCAAGCGUGCCCGCUGCCGCCAGCACCGACCUUUCUCUCUUCCAGCAGACACUUCUGUUCAAACCUGCCGGGCGACCUUGUGUGUGAGGGGCCCCAUGAAUCUAACAUUGAAACCCCCGAUGGUGAGAGCAUUGUCGAAUCGGAUAAAAACAUGAGCAUCGAGUUUACCUGCAAUGUAGGUUUUCGUUAUUUUUUUCUUUGUGACUCCCAACACUGUUCGUAAAGAAAUGCAAAAACCGAACCAAAAAAUACUUCUCUAAACUGGCCUACACGAAGGGUCUCGUCAUCAUCCGUUGUCCAUCCUGUCAGGCCCUGCAUCUCAUUGCUGACAACAUUGGAUGGAUAAAGGAGCAGACACCCUGGUACGAGGACUAUUUUCAUCUCGUAUGCAUUGCCAUUUAACCCUAAUUUAGGCGAAUCGGAGAGCAGAAGCAUCUUUUAAAGGCUGGGGCUGGUGAGACCGCUGAGGACGAAGGCGAAAAGUAG